AUGGAGAACGCUGUACCACUGACGAUAAAUUAUGAUUCCACACGGGCCUACCCUUUCCUGUCGAGCAAGUUCAAAAGAAGGGACCCGAAUGUGCACUUCUAUUUACCGAUAGAGUGCCCACUGGCGAAGGGGUGCACGGACGGCACGUGUCCGCUAGCCCACACCAGGCUGGAGAUCAUCUUCCACCCUAUUGUCUACAAGACGCGUAAAUGCAAGAUGAUAUCGAUGGGAUUCUGUAGCUUCCCUCAGAAGUGCGCCUUCUACAACAACGACUCGGAGAAGAUGGCUGCCCAGCUGCUGUGGCUGGUCUGGGAGAAGACAUGGGAUCUGUGGCGCGUCAACAUUGAAGCUAUUCUUGGUAUGCAUAAUAAGUUUAUUGGUUCGGUAUUGCGGAUGUUACCCACUAUUAAAAACUACCGUGGCAACGUUGGUGACUUUUUACGCAAACUGACAAACGGACACCCUGGCAGCAGCAUUUUGGACACCGCGUUUGAUCAGACGCUUCGCAGUCAUUUCGCGCGCGUUAGGAAAGGUGGUCCUAAGCCAGCGCGGCAUUCACCUAGUUUGUCCCUGCUAUGUUCCAAGUACAACCCUUUUCACGCAGGUGACUGGUUUCUACAACACACUGAUGACAUCUUCUACGAGUGGUUCUUCAACCGAGAAGUGGAACUGAUGAACUAA